AUGGCGUACAAUGACGACUCAGUCCUGGCGCGUCUGUCAGCACUGAACGAAAGUCAUGAUAGCAUCGCCACAGCCGCGCAAUGGAUCAUGUUUCACAGGCGACACGCAGAUCGCACGGUAGCGCUCUGGAUGCAGCGGUUAAAGGAUUCGUCCAGCACGAAACGACUGAGCCUGAUUUACCUUGCGAAUGAGGUUGUGCAGCAGUCGAGAAUCCGUCACAAAGAAGACUUCGUCAUCGCCUUCUCCCCCGUUGUGGCUGAAGCAGCCGCGGUCGCAUACAAGGGCGCGCCAGCGGAGAUCCAAGCCAAGCUGCGGCGUGUCAUUGACGUCUGGAAAGACAGAACCAUCUUCGAGGCGCCGAUUCAGGCAGCUAUCGAAGCACGCCUCAAUGAAUUAGAUAAAGCCCGCGGAUCCGUUAAGCCCGGCUUUGGAGGCUCCCCCUUCGGAUCAUCCGCUUCUUCUGUGCCCUCGGAAUUCACGCCUCUCGUCUCCGCCCAUCAAACCGUCACCAAGCUGAGCGUGCCACUCAAGUCAACCAUUGCUUCCGCAAACCAAGAGUAUGAAAAGCAGGUCGAUCCUACAGUGCCGCCUCCAUCGGCGCCGGUUUAUGCGGCUCGCCUCAAUGGGUUGCUCAAGACCCUUGCGAACGCCGAGAGUGCGGUGGCUGAGUGCGUCAAGGCCCGAGAGACGUUGAUCUCGGGGCUGGAGAAGAUGCUGGAUUCAAACAGGGCCGCCUUGGAAAAGGAGAAGAGCGCAGCCGCCGAGCUCUCGGGGCGCAAACGCGAAAUCGAGGAUAAGAAGCAGCAGGUCGAGGUAGCCAUCAUGAGGGCGCUUGGGCCUGCGGAUGGCAAUGGGUCUCAUGCGGAGGGCGAAUCCGGCAGCCCUCCUACGGAGCUUGACCGCCCGGAGAUGGAGGCUCUUACACCGCCCAGUAUGGACAAUGACUUUGAGGACACUGCUCCGGAGAGUAUUGGAGUGGACGAGAGCGCCAAACACUCGGAAGUCGCCCCAGCAACUGAACCCGCCGCGGCCGUGCCCUCGACGCAUACUCAAGCACUACCGAUAUCGAUCAACGGUUCCAAUAAGAGGCGGCGAGUGGACGACGCUGGCGACUUUCCCAAUCUGGGGAAUGAUGACGAGAUAGAUGCCGAGGUGGCACAAAUGUUGAAAGAGGGCAACGACGCCUAG